AUGGCGUUGCCCAGUGCUUUCAUCAUGCCCAUCCUCCUCUGCAGCCUGGGCCCCUACCUUGCUGCUGCCCACAGCCCCCCAGAGGUGGACUGCGUCCUCUUCAACGAGGAGUACAUGACCUGCACGUGGGGUACCAGAGAGACGCUUACAGCCAACUACUCCCUCUACUACUGGUAUGAAAACAGAUCCCCUGUGACAGAAUGCAAGCACUACCUGCAGGACCAGGGCAUCAGCUUUGGGUGCCACUUCAGCCAGACUGAGAUCAUCCAGUUCCAGCCUUUCCAUGUUCUCAUUAAUGCCAGCCUUGGUGGAAGGACCCUGGACAUCACCAACAAGAGCAUGGAGCUGCAGGACCGGGUGAAACCGGAAGCACCUGUCAACCUGACCAUUCGAAACAUGAGCAGCAACCAGCUGCAGCUGAGCUGGACCUCCCCUUACCCCAAAGCCCAUUGCCUGGAGCACACUGUCAAGUACAAGAGCAACAAGGACACCAGCUGGACGGAGCACUCAGUGCAAGGAGAUGUCUUCUCGUUCCCCAGUGUGGACUACGAGAAGUACUACACCUUCUAUGUGCGCAGCAAGAUUAACAAAUAUUGUGGUACCACUCAGCUCUGGAGUGAGUGGAGCAUCCCCGUGGUCUGGGGCAGCAACUCCACCAGCAAAGGUGCAGUGGAGGAGCAGCUGCACUGGUUCUGGAUCCACACAGUCUUGAUCCCCAUCGCCACUUGCCUGAUCUUGCUGGUCUUUGUUCUGCUGGUGCGCAUGGAAAGGGUGUGGAUCAUCCUCAUGCCCCAAAUUCCCAACCCCAGCAAGAACUUUGAUGAGCUCUUCAUCACCCAUAACGGCAACUUCCAGGAAUGGGCUGGAGUUCCCAAAGACAUCAUGGAGAGCUUCAAGCCCAACUAUAGUGAGAACGUCUGCUAUGUGAGCGAGCUGUCACCCAAGGACAGCUACGAGUCUCUUUGGGAGAGCAGCAACCACCCGCCACCUUUGAUGCCCACGGCCCCAGCCGACUUUUGUGAGCGCAGCCCCUACAAGAACAGCUAUGUGGGAUUGUGA